CCAGGGCUGCCCUUCCGGUUCCGUUGGGUCCCCCUUUGGCUCAGGUUCCCUGCCCCUCCCCCUUCCCGGAGCCCCGAGGGGCCGGAGCUCCUGGCGGUGCGGGAUCCUGACGGCGGCCUUCCCCUGGGUCUGUCUGCCAAAAUGUCUGAAAGAUCAGAUCUCCUUCACUUCAAGUUUGAAAAUUAUGGAGAUUCAAUGUUACAAAAAAUGAACAAAUUAAGAGAAGAGAAUAAAUUUUGUGAUGUUACAGUUCUCAUAGAUGAUAUUGAGGUACAGGGACAUAAAAUUGUAUUUGCUGCAGGUUCCCCCUUCUUAAGAGACCAGUUUUUACUGAAUGAUUCCAGAGAGGUGAAAAUCUCCAUAUUACAGAGUUCUGAAGUGGGGAGACAAUUGCUCUUAUCCUGUUAUAGUGGUGUGCUGGAAUUCCCUGAGAUGGAACUGGUAAAUUACUUGACUGCUGCGAGUUUUCUUCAGAUGAGCCACAUUGUAGAACGAUGCACACAGGCCCUGUGGAAGUUUAUAAAGCCAAAACAGCCAAUGGAUAGUAAAGAGGGAUGUGAACCACAGAGUGCUUCUCCCCAGUCAAAAGAACAGCAGGGAGAUGCCAGAGGCUCUCCAAAACAGGACUCACCUUGUAUUCAUCCAUCUGAAGACAGUAUGGAUAUGGAGGACAGUGAUAUUCAGAUUGUUAAGGUAGAAUCUAUUGGGGAUGUAUCAGAGGUUAGAAGUAAAAAAGAUCAGAACCAGUUUAUUUCUUCUGAACCCACUGCUUUACAUUCAUCAGAGCCCCAGCACUCCCUGAUAAAUUCAACUGUGGAAAACAGAGUAAGUGAAAUAGAACAAACCCACCUCCACAAUUAUGCUCUCUCUUAUCCAGGCAGUGAUAACAUCAUCAUGACCUCAAAAGAUGUCUUUGGGCCUAAUAUUCGAGGUGUAGACAAAGGCCUACAGUGGCAUCAUCAGUGCCCAAAAUGUACCAGGGUGUUCCGUCACCUGGAGAACUACGCCAACCACUUAAAAAUGCACAAACUCUUUAUGUGUCUACUCUGCGGCAAGACUUUUACUCAGAAAGGCAACCUUCAUCGACAUAUGCGUGUGCAUGCCGGAAUUAAACCUUUCCAGUGUAAAAUCUGUGGGAAAACCUUUUCUCAGAAAUGUUCCUUACAGGAUCAUCUUAACCUUCACAGUGGAGAUAAGCCCCAUAAGUGUAACUAUUGUGACAUGGUGUUUGCACAUAAGCCAGUUUUGAGGAAACACCUUAAACAACUGCAUGGCAAAAACAGCUUUGAUAAUGCCAAUGAGAGAAAUGUGCAAGACCUCACAGUGGAUUAUGAUUCUUUUGCAUGUACAACAGUCACAGACUCUAAAGGGUGUCAGCCACAGCCUGAUGGAACACAGGUCCUGGAUGCAGGUAAACUGGCCCAAGCUGUCCUCAACUUGAGGAGUGAUAGUACUUGUGUGAAUUGAGUGGAGGCUUAAUCACAAGUAGAAGUGACUGACAGUGUGGCAAUAGUCUGAAUCUUUUAGGAGCGAUUUUACUAGUUUUACUUCACCAAAACCUCCAAUGUGGGUGGUAGGAGGUAAGUUAAAGCCCUGAUAGAUCAGGCAACUUACCACUUGAAGUGGUUUUGACUUCCUUUUGCCCUCUCCCAUAAAUAACUCUGUUUUGAGUUAUUUAGUGUGUGAUGUCUAUUUUCUUUCCCAAGGAAUAAUUCCAUUUGUCUACCUAAUGUUGACUUACGUCUUAGACUGACACUGUUUUAGGCUUUCACCAGGGACAUUUUAAAAGUACUAAAGGUUAUUAACAUUACCUACGCUCCAUUAGUAGAUGCUAUUCUAAAAGAAGUGAGUAAUAAUUUUCUUUGGCAAAAAGUAGGCUAAGAUAAAAGAUGAUACUGCUGUUGACCUAAAUAUGUGAUAAAACCCUCCAGUUGCCUAUUGAUAAUUCAUCCAUGUUUGAUGAAUGAAUCUGCUUCCUAUCCUUUGUACUUGUCUUAGAGCUGGCUCUAAAGAAAUAUGUUGGUUUAUUCUGUAUCCUAUUCAAUACUAUUGUAGCCCAACUUCAUCUCCCUGAAUUGUUCAUGUAGACUAGAAUACAGUCUUCUAAGAAACAUCCACAAAGAGAGAUCAUGAGAGGCAUAAUUAAUGAAGGACAGAAGAACAAUUAUAAAAUACCACUGAAGUGAGAUUUUCAUGUAUCACAUCCAAGUAAGAGGCCGGAUGCUUAAUGUGACACUUGAUGCUUUCAAAAUUAGGAUUACUUCUGGCAUACUUUUUAAUGCUAAACAAUAAUGAUCUCUAGAAAAGUGCUCUCUGAGAAUUUCUGAACUUUGUAUCAGAAAGGUGAGUUUUGCCAUCAGAAUUUUGUCCAUUAUAAGUGUACCUAUCAUAGUUUCUAAAACAGAUGAAAAAAGUUAAAUGGGACACGUAACAGCAACUGGAUGUUUUUUUAGUCAGAUAUUUUCCUAAAGAGUAAACUGGCCCACUUUGCCACCUUAGGCAGACUGAUAUUAAUACAGAGUUGCCCUUCCAGUAUGGAAAAACAAGACUUAUUUUUCUGUAAGCACAUUUCAGACAUAAAAUUUUGAGUAAUACUUGGUUCCAACCCAUGAGUUAGACUUAGGCAGUAGCCGAGAAUCUUGAGAGACCAUUUGCUCCUCCUCUUCCUUAAUUUAAGUUGGGACAUUCAAAGCCCAAAGAAGUGGCCUGGCCAGCGUUGGCUAGAGGAGAUAAGUGGCUAAAUAUAAACUAGUAUCUCUUAAUUUCUUCCCACUACACUUUGGCUUAAAAAUCUACAUGUUGAAGAAUCAGUGCAUUAACAUAAACAUCUCCAGUUUUGUGUUUCACUUUUGUGUUUCCCUGCUGGCUUUCUGAGAUAACCUGGAUCUUACUAGCAAAACAUCAUGAAGGAACUUAUUUAUUAUUCUUUUAAAUUUAUUUUGUUUUUACUGAACCCAGGGCCUCAUUAUGCUAGACAUAUAUUCUACUGCCUUAUCCCCAACCCCUAUUGGUUAUUUUUUAGAUGAGUACUAUAUUCUUCUAUAGCAAGUAGUUCAUUUUUUGACUACUAGGGAGAGAAAAGGCAAGUAAGAAUAAUGUGAAAAGGAUCCAAAUGUGAAGCGCAUUUUGUCUGGAAAACUGUUUUUUUUUUUUCCGGUACUGGGAAUUGAACUCAGGACCUUGCUUGCCAGGGCAGGCGCUGUGCCACUGAGCUACAUCCUUCACCCAACCUUUUUAUUUCUAUCAAGAUUUUUGCUUUUCUUUUUGAGCUAGAAGAGUACAUAUACUUUGGCUUAAAAAUCUACAUGUUGAAGAACAAUGCAUUAACAUAAACAUCUCUAGUUUUGAAAGAACCCAAAAGUUAGACGUUAUUUAUGCCAUCAGAGGAAAUUAUAAUUGAUAUUGUUUUCAAGUGAGUGUGAUUCAAAGUAUAAUUUCUAUUCCAUUCAAAUGUUGAAUAUAAGAAUAGAUUUUAGUGAUAAGACCCUAGGUACCUUAGCCCGAUAUCAAUCAUUAUAUUGUCAAAUGUUGCUUCCUAGCGUUGUUAUUUAUAUAUGAUCCAGCCAGAGUACCAAUUCUAGGCUACACUACUAAGCCUGCUAAGCUAGCCAGUAUUUUUUAUGUUUUCUCUGAACAUCAUUUCUUUGCAGAAAAAUUUCAGUUCUUUCUUUGUUCAUAUUCAUGUUACUCAUUUGAAGACUAAAGUACAUGGGUUUGAAUAAAAUUGGUCUCUUUGGUUGGAAAUUAUUUCUAGGUUCAUUUCGACCAUUCAAGAUAUGGGUUGUUUUGUUUUGUUUUAUUUUUUGAGACAGGGUCUCACUGUGUAGUUCAGGUUGGCCUUGAACUCAUCAUGUAGCCCAGGCUGGGCUCAAACUCAUGGCAAUCUUGCCUCAGCCUCCCUAAGUCCUGGGAUUACAGGUGUGUACCACCACACCUGCCUGAAAUUUUUUAAAAUACUGUAAAUUGAACGUAGGGCUUGUGCAUGCUAAAUAUGUUCUGUACCAUUGAACUCAAGAAACAUUUACUAAGCACUGUGUUGCUGGGCAUUGUGCUAAAUACUGAAGAUAUGAAGGUAAGAUUGAUACAAACCCCUGCCCUCAGAGCUUACAGUUUCAUAUGAUCUUUAAUAGAAUUAAGUCUCAGUUAGGUUUUAUACUAAGAGUAAUAAAUCUUCCUUUAUUUGAUCACUUAUAGUCAGGAUUUUUUUUUUUUUUUUUUUUUUUUUUGGAGGGGGUGAGACAGAGUCUCACAGUAUAGCUCAGGCUGGCCUUGAACUCUCAGUGUUCCUCCUGCCUCUGCCUCCUGCAUGCUGGGAUUACAGGCGUGCAUCACCAUGUCCAGCCUUAAAUUUUCUAUUAGUAAAACUUACAGUUCUCAUUUUUCACAAGUACAAACCACUAAUUUGGAGGCACCUCCAUUUCUUGGUUGGUGAAGUGUUCUUGAGAUAUUUUCUCUUUUGGUGGGACUUGCCUUUUCUGUUUCACUUGUAUGUGUCUUUUUAGAUUGUACUGCAAAGAGGUCAGAUUACUGAUAUCAAGUACAUUUUAUAAGGGAACAUGAUUUUCAGACCUAGGAGGAAGUGUUUUAAAAUGUUAUUCAUCCUUUGUAUUUUAUGGAUCCUGGAUAAUUGAAACUAUGCUUUUUAAGCAUAGUUUGAAUUUUAAAAACUUACUUUGUCACAGUUGUUAUUUAACUCUGCAAACUGAAAUGGCUCUGAGGUAAAUCAGAUAUGGUUUUAAUUUGUUUUAGUUUGUUUACUGGAAGAUCUAUAAAUGGACACUGGUCACUGCUUCUAAAAUAUUAAAAACAACUCAAAAUGUUUUAUUUCAGCUCAUGAAUAGCUGUUCUAAAUCUGUUGUAUGUUAGACAUACUGUGAACUACCUCUUCACUUAUUAUGGGGAAGUUUCCUUAAUAAAAGUGUGACAAUUAAAA